AUCUCUGCAUCCAUAUAGCAACAUUCUUUUUUUUUUUUUUGGUAUGGUCAAAUACUCACAUUUUCAUUUAGAAAAUAUGAAAAAUAUGAAAGUCCAGUUACACAUUUAGUACAUUUCGAUAUAAUUUUGCAUAAUUUUAAAAACAAACAGUGUUUGUACUCAUGGUGUAGUUUAACAGAAGACUUUUUCUGAGUCAAACAGGAGUCGUCAUUAACUGGCUUAUCUGCAUUUCCCCGAGUCAACUUGUGACCAGACACAAAGACCUCUGACCUCUGGACCGGGCCGAGAGCCAAGCACCCCCCUCACACAGAUGUGUGCAUUGUCCGGCGAGCAGCGGUGCCUCGUGUUCACUUCAGCUAAUGACGUGUGUGUGGGUGUGCAUUCACCGUUUACACACAUUACUGUAGAUUUCAGCCCUCCACGUUCACAUAAACACACUUUACUGGAGCAGACAUGCUGUAAGUGCCAUUGCCUAUUCUUUCUGUAGUUUAUAAGACUGAUUGACAGAUGGAUCUGGAGUUUGUCUCAUUUGUUACGACAGUCAAAUGUGACCCGUGACUGUGUGCAAUAGAGCAAGACGGUGUACGUGAGAUAUGUGUUUAUAUCCUGUUCUGCUGAGCAAAGGUCACCUUUCAAGACAGCAGCGCUGCUUUGUGUUUGAUUUCUAGUCUAGCGCUUUUUAAGAUGCAUAUGUGUUCAUAUCUUUUUUUUUUACUUGAGAAUCAUGUUUAAAUGGUUUAGAAGAGAAGCAACAGGCUUUCUCUUAUGUAAAACUUUAAAUGUGCACAUUUUCUUUUCCAAUAGAUUGCAAUAUCUACAAACAAACUGCAGUUGCCGCAGGUGGGCAGGCGACUGGACGUCUCGCCUCCAGACGCAGCUUACAGAAAAGGCCUGUCUUCAGAGAACUGAUUGCAGAUAUGGUGAAAAUAGCACUGGAGCUGUGACUUUUGCGCCCCUGAAUGAAUCAUUUCAGGGUCUGUGGGUCACGAUCUGCGAGUAUUUAUUGCAGAAAUGCAGUCCACAGGGCUGGAUGAUGAAGACCGCUGUAACUUUCUGUUCAAGAUCAUCCUGAUUGGUGACAGUAAUGUGGGAAAGACCUGCGUGAUCCACAGCUUCACGUCUGGGCUCUUCAGAGACAGCCAGCACAACACUAUUGGAGUGGACUUCACCGUUCGCACGAUAGACAUCGAUGGCAAGAGAGUGAAGAUGCAGGUCUGGGACACGGCGGGACAGGAGCGUUUCCGCACCAUCACACAGAGUUACUACCGAAGUGCUCACGGCGCCAUGAUCGUGUAUGAUCUGACCCGACGGCCCACCUUUGAGUCUCUGCCGCACUGGAUACAGGGUGUGGAGCAGUACGGAGCCGCCAACGUGGUCUUCGUUCUGAUAGGUAAUAAGUGUGACCUGGAGGCGCAGCGGCAGGUGCUAUUUGAGGACGCGUGCACGCUCGCGGAGCGGACGGGUGCGCUGGCGGCGCUCGAGACCUCGGCCAAACAGCAUCACAACAUCGAGGAAGCUUUCGAACUGAUGGCACGCGAACUCAUAGUGCGACACGGAGGAAUAGUCCAUCCGGACAGCCAAUCAGAUUCACCGACUGUUCUCCUGCACUCCGACUCUCAUCCAGUGCAUGAAGGAGAACACCUGGAGAAGAGGGCAUGUGACUGCUGACUGAAUUAUGUUAAAAAUCAGUGUCCAGGUGCAAAUAUUGGUGAACUACUUUCCACUUUAUUAGAACGGACUGCUUGAAGUGCUAUUUUGUUAUCAUAUUAUUUUAAUUUAUAAUCAUAAACAUACUGUUUUGUUGCUCAAACAGCUUUACCGUUUACCACACUUUGUUAUUCCUGUAGUUAUUUAUCCAUAGCGGGUAAUGAAUAGGAAAUCUUGCAAAUUGCACGCUAUAAUCACUAAAAAGCUGUCAUUUAUUUCGUUUUAUCAGGAUCUCACAAAUUCCCGUUAUAAUUAAGAAAUAUAUCAUUUACACAGUGUCAACACUUUGUUUAUAUGAUGAGAGGAUUCGAUGAGAGGAACUACGCGCUUGGCAAAUUCAAAACUUCUGUGUUUUAAGCGUUGAGUGGAUUCCAACGCCUGAUUGGCCAGCACUGCGUUCCAGAAAUCAACAUAUAUGUCUGUGAUUGGCUAAACUGCUCAACGCUGCAAAAACACGUUGUCAUUAGAAACCUUGGACGCUUUGCUGAGCGCAAACACAAAUAUGGUGCGCUAAAUAUUGUGGAUCUGGUGUAAAAACAGAUUAGACAUCUCAGAAAAUGUAAAAUGCAUUAAAUGAAUUAAUUAUAAUAAAUAUGUAUACAAGUACAAUAUUACAGAUUACCUUUUGUGGGACAUUUAUUCUGCAGUCGGUUGCGUACAGUACAAUAAAAUGCAUAAAACGUUACAAACAGUUCGUCAAUAAAUCCAUUUUUUGUUUUUUCGUAACACUUAAUAUAUUUAAAGGACUAGAUAUGAAUUGAGGAUUUUGUGUGUUCAAUUUUUAGACAAACCAAGAACAAUCACACGGCUUCUUAGCAGCGUUGUCCUACUAGUCAUAAUGCAUUAAAAAAAAAAAACAUGAUUGUAAAAGCUGGAACUAUUUUUAACUUGAAUUACGUCUGAAAAUACAGUACGACAUGAUGCCCAAAACACCCGACAUGUGUACAUAAGACAAUUACAAAACAGCACAAACAAAACUGUGUGACGCUUAAGAGGUACUGUUAUACACAGAAAACCAAAGUGUUCACAUUUACACAAACUAACCGAGGCGUAUGUGAACUUUAAUGGCAAAUAUAUCAGAGAACAGACACAUUUCCACCUAUUGGAGGAAUUAAAAAAGAACUUCCUCCUGUCAACGGCAUUGUGUUGUUUCUUCAUUAACUAGUAUGGCUUCAUGGAUGAACGUCUUUCCUUGCUGCAAGCGUUUAACCUUGUGCUCUUGAAAAUAUCUCUUUCACUGCUCUGUUUGAGCUCAUUACAAUUUACCCAUAAGCCACAUCAUGUCCCAAAUGGUGCACUUGAUUUCGUCUAGAACAUCAUUCUGUGAAACUCUUUCAAACGUUAACUGCUACAUUUCAAAUCUCACAAGAGUGUUUGCAGAGGAAGGGUCACUGCUUAGAGAAGAUUGAGUGCGAAGGCAUGCUUUGGGACAAGGACAAGGUGUAACACUAUUAACAGACAGACAAACACGAACCAGGUCAACAGCAGACUGCAGUAACAGUAAAGUGGAUGAAAAACACUGUAUUGAAAGUUUGGAAUAUUUUUUUUUUUUUAUGAACUCCAUUAGCAUAAAAAUUGACUUUAUGUAACUGCAUUAAAAAUACAAUUGAUAGAAGCCUGUUUCUGCUUUAGAGUAAAAAAAAAAAAAAAAGGGUAUUUGCGA